AUGUGUAGUUUUGUAAGGUUUGAGAAGAAUGUUGGUGGAUGGAGAGGCUGGUUUGAUGAUGCAAGAGAAUAUCAUGCACAGGUGAAGAGGGGAUUACAGAACUUAUAUCUCCUGCAGCACGUGGAGGAGACUCUACAGCCAGCACCUGGGAAAACACGUAAAAAUAAACAAAACGCCAAGCGCGUAACAAAGCGGUCCCACACCAAAUUGCGCGUGCGCCACGAGUCCUGA